UCCCAGCGUGUCAUCAGAGACAGCAGCCAUGAAUCAGAAGGCUGUACUGAUCACUGGUUGUUCUUCUGGUAUUGGAUUGGCACUUGCUGUUCGUCUUGCCAAAGAUGAGAAAAAGAGGUUUAUGGUGUAUGCGACUAUGAUGAAUCUGGCUAAACGUGGAGCUCUGGAGAAGGCAGCCGGUCAUACUUUAGGCAGCACACUGGAGAUCAAGCAGCUCGACGUCUGUGAUGAGAAAUCUAUCAAAGCCUGUCUGGACAGCCUGCCCAUGCGCAGAGUUGACAUUCUCAUUAUGCAUUUAUGCAGAAAUGCCGAAAUGGGAAUGAUUGGCCCCAUUGAGUGUCAGACCAUUGAUGAGAUGAAAUCUGUCCUGGACACCAACUUCUUUGGGCUUGUGCGACUGUUGAAGGAGAUUCUGCCUGAUAUGAAGCAGAGAAAAAGUGGCCACAUAGUGGUUAUCAGCAAUGUAAUGGGGAUUCAGGGUAUUUUGUUUAAUGACAUUUAUGCUGCUUCCAAGUUUGCUGUUGAAGGGUUCUGUGAGAGUCUGGCAGUUCAAGCUCUGAGAUUCAAUCUGAAUAUCAGCCUCAUUGAACCAGGACCCGUCAUCACAGAGUUUGAGCGUAAGGUGUACGAGGAAGGCGUGAAGAUAGACCUCUCCAAAGCUGAUAAAGUGACAGCAGAUAUGUUUACCAACAUCUACUUGAAAAACUACAACCAGAUAUUCCAGAGUCUUGGACAAACUCCAGAGGAUGUCGCAGAGCACACAUUCAAAAUGAUUACAAUGACCAACCCGCCAUUUCGCCAUCAGAUUAACCAUCUGUGCACACACAUGACCAACCUAAAAUAUGCAGAUCCCAGUGGUGACCUUCCCAUUGAAACCUUCUACAAAAUGGUGUUUGAACAUGACAAGGUGUUCAAAACAAGUCUCAAUUUCCUCAAGCUCCUGCGCUGGAGAAGCCGUAACACCUUGUCUUUGGAUAAAGACAAGAAUGCUUCCUAAAGAAUAUACUGCUGGAGACCUGGGGGUAUUCCAGAAAACGAUUUAACAAUUUUGUUAAGCAGUUUGACGGUUCCAAAAAACUGAGGAAAUUGCAUGGUAUUAUGCAGUAUACAGCAAAUUACUCUCUAAACAUAAAUCGUUCUGGAACAGGAUAUGUUCCAGGGUUGGUUUACUUCAGAAAAAUGCCUCUCAGCCUCAUAGAUAUUCAGUGAAUUCUUGCCUUUUUGUUGAGGCGCCAUUGGGCGUGACAGCAAAG